AGAACCUCCUAGUUUGACAUCCUAGUUGAGUUGAUCAGAGUAGUUGGCAUCUUUGUUUGGUUGGAAACAUCAACUCUCACUGUUGAAAGAAACUCUUCUGAAUUCUCAUUCACCUUCUUUCUCUUUCUUCACCGUAUUCUUCUCCACUUUCUCUCGAUUUUCCACUUUUCCGUAAUCAUGAUUAACCUUAACUCAAAACCCUUUUUUCAUCUUUCUCUUCUACUUCUCAUCCUGUUUUCAUCUUCCACUGAAUCCCUCAGAUUUGAACUCAAAUCUUCUUUAACCAAAUGCAUCUCAGAAGACAUCAAAAGCAAUUCCAUGACAGUUGGAAAAUACACCAUCGUUAACCCCAACGAGGGUUACCCUUUACCUGAUUCACACAGAAUCACCGUCAGGGUUACUUCGUCUCAUGGAAAUAACUAUCACUAUGGAGAUCGUGUUCAAUCUGGUCAGUUUGCAUUUGCUGCAGCAGAAGCUGGUGAUUACAUGACUUGUUUUUGGGCUGUGGAGAAUAAACCUGAGGUGACGUUGACUAUUGAUUUGGAAUGGAAAACUGGUGUGGCAGCUAAGGAUUGGCCCAAUGUUGCUAAGAAAGGUCAAGUUGAUGUAAUGGAACUAGAACUAAAGAAGUUACAAGAUACUGUUACUUCCAUUCAUGACGAGAUGUUUUUUCUUCGUGAAAGAGAGGAAGAAAUGCAGGAGCUUAACAGAAAUACCGACAACAGAAUGUUCUGGUUGAGUUUGCUUUCACUCUUCAUCUGCUUAUCAGUAGCAGGGUUGCAACUAUGGCACUUGAAGUCCUUCUUCGAGAAAAAGAAACUCAUUUAAAAUUUUGAGAUGUUUUUUUUCUUUCUUUCUUCCUUACGCCUCUUGUAAAAUAUCCGCAUUAAUUUAUCCAGAGGAUACGCAUAAUGGUAGUAGUCAGUUUAUUGCAGAAUAUUCCGUUUGUUAAAUGCAAAUUAGGCGUGACAAGACGAGUUUCAAAGGAAUUGAUGUACUGCAAUCUGAGGGUUAAGCAAGAUGGUGGUAUGGUGAUAUUGCAAUUUAGUGAAGCAUUUAUGUUUAUUACCACCUUGAUAUAGUGAGACAAUGAUAGAUUGACAGAAUAUCAUUUACUUUCCUAUGUUUUUUUCCCUUUACAUAUUUCA